AUGAGUACAUGUUUGCAGAAAGAAAGGAACAAGACGAAAAGCUCCCAUAAAUAAACACACCCACAUAGUCAUUCUCCAUCACCCCCACCAAGGCAUCAGCUAUUGUUUUUCUCCCCUCUCAAAUUCAUUUGCUUUUUGGCCAUGGCUCUCCAAACACAAAUGUUAAGAAGAAAUGUGAAAGAAGCCAAAGCCAAGUUUUGGUGGAACUCUCUCUGCAGUUCUUUCUCUACAGUUCCUUCUCCUAUUGAUUCUCCUCCUCAACUUCCACCAUUUGAUUACCAACCAAAACCUUACAAAGGACCAUCAGCUGAUGAAAUCUUGCAAAAACGCAAGAAAUUUUUGGGUCCUUCUCUUUUUUACUACUAUCAGAAGCCUUUGAAUAUUGUUGAAGGAAAGAUGCAAUAUUUAUUUGAUGAAAAUGGUAGGAGGUAUUUGGAUGCUUUUGCUGGGAUAGUGACUGUCUCUUGUGGGCACUGCCAUCCUCAAAUUUUAAAUGCAAUUAUGGAGCAAAGCAAGCUGCUCCAACAUGCUACUACCAUUUACUUGAACCAUACAAUUGGUGAUUUUGCCGAGACCUUAGCUGCUAAGAUGCCUGGAAAUCUCAAGGUUGUCUAUUUUGUAAAUUCUGGAUCAGAAGCUAAUGAAUUAGCUAUGCUGAUGGCUAGACUAUACAGUGGUAACCUUGAAAUGAUUUCGUUAAGAAAUUCAUAUCAUGGUGGAAGUUCUGGUACAAUAGGACUGACAGCUCUAAACACAUGGAAAUACUCAAUUCCGCAGGGCGAAAUUCAUCAUGUUAUUAACCCGGACCCGUACCGAGGAAUCUUUGGCUCUGAUCCUACUGGUUAUGCCAAAGAUGUGCAGGAUCACAUUGAUUAUGGUACUUCAGGAAAAGUUGCUGGAUUUAUAUCUGAAACCAUUCAGGGAGUUGGAGGAGCGGUUGAAUUGGCCCCUGGAUACUUGAAGUUGGUUUAUGACAUUGUGCGUAAGGCAGGAGGUGUUUGCAUAGCUGAUGAGGUGCAAACAGGGUUUGGUCGCACAGGAAGCCACUAUUGGGGUUUUGAGACACAAGGUGUCAUCCCUGACAUUGUUACUAUGGCAAAGGGCAUUGGCAAUGGUUUGCCAUUAGGAGCUGUAGUAACAACACCAGAAAUAGCACAAGUAAUGGCGCAAAAAAUUCAGUUCAAUACUUUUGGUGGGAACCCCGUGUGCUCUGCUGGUGGACUUGAAGUAUUGAGAGUCAUAGACCAAGAGAAGCGUCAAGAGCAUUGUGCUGCUGUUGGUUCGCACUUGAUUGGACGUUUGAGGGAGCUACAAAGAAGUCAUGACAUCAUUGGAGAUGUAAGGGGCAGGGGCUUAAUGGUAGGGAUAGAACUUGUGACUGACAGGAAGGAAAAAACCCCUGCCAAAGCAGAAACUGCAAUCUUGUUUGAGAAACUUAGAGAGCUUGGCAUCUUAGUCGGCAAAGGUGGAAUACAUGGAAAUGUGUUUCGUAUCAAACCACCGAUGUGCUUCACCAAAGAUGAUGCAGACUGUCUUGUUGACGCGUUGGACUAUUCAAUGUCAAAGUUGUGAGGAGCUACCUGCCAGAAGCUGAGAUGAAUAUGUAAUUAUUCACAUUUUUUGGCAUCGAUCUCCUCUGAUAGGUUGCUUUCAAUAAUAUCGAGCAAAUAUCUAACCUUUCUAACAAUAGGAUGAGUUUGCUUGUUUCUGAUUCUAUUGCGUGAAAAAAUCAAACUGUAUUUCCAUGUUCUGUGGAUUCACUUGUCAUGAUGUGAACCAAUGGAUACAUUACUUGAAAAAUCAUGCAAGGAAAACAUAAUCCAAGAAAGGCAUUAGCGGUUA